AUGAGUCUUCAAGCUAUUUAUGAUGAUGUUGGUGAAAGUGGUCCGUUGGGACAAAAGGUGGAAGGAGAGAGGUGGAACUCAGAUGCCUUUCAGGAGCUCAUCUUGGAUAUCAGAGAUAUCAGUGCGUUCAUCUCUGUGUAUGUGUGUUCCCUGGGCCUCCUGUUGGAUGAAGCAGCCAAACGUCUUGUUGAAUCUCAUAAACUAAGCAGCCUGAGGUUGUUUUGGAAAGACGCUCUGGGAAAAUCCCAUUCACUGCACACCCGGGGAAUCAUCGAGUUGGCAGGAGCUAUAUCGUGCGGCACGGGACGGUCUCCCUUGGCGUAUGUUGGCUACGGAUGCUACUGUGGACUGGGAGGACAAGGCUGGCCUAGAGAUAAAACAGACUGGUGCUGCCACAGGCACGACUGCUGCUAUGACAAGGCAGAGAAGGAAGGCUGCAGCCCCAAGGCGCAGCGGUACCAGUGGGCAUGUGAGCAGAACACCGUGCGGUGCGAUAACCUGACAGACCGAUGUGAAAAAAUGGUGUGCCUGUGUGACCAAGAAGCAGCCAAAUGUUGGGGAGCUGCCCCAUACAACCCACAUUUCAUCCUCUGGCCAGACUUUUUAUGUGGACAGACUCAUCCCACCUGCCAUUUCGGAUAUGGGGGGGCAGAAUAGUCUUUUGGGAACCUUUCUUCAAACCCUUUGAAUUUGAAAGUGCUGGAAUAAAAAUUUACCUCUUCUACCAGAGC